UUGAGAAUGUAUACCGCUGGUCGUCAAUUCUUAGAUGAAAUGUCCCAGGGUAGUUCUCGUAAACCAUCUUAAUUCCACCUCCAAACACAUUUUAAGUAUUUUAUAUUGGCCCUAGAAAGAAGAGUGGUGGAAAGAAAAAAAAAAGAAAAAGAAAAGGAGAAGGGCACGUGGAGUUGUGGGUCGCGCCGCCGCCGCCGCCGCCGUCUCCACUCUCCGCCGGCCGUAAGACUGUGGGAUGGAAUCCGAGAGGGAAGAGUCGACGGCGCGUGCAUUUCGGCAAUAACCACACCGGAUUCUACAGUACUGACUUCUUCUGCCUGCUAUUUCCAGUCCAUGGCGGAGAUCGCUCUAGCGACGGCAUUGGACAUCGCCGAGCUCCCUUUCUCCGACCUCCUCCUCCUCGCCUCGCCAGAUCUUCCGGAUGGAGACCGGCGCAGCCGCCUCCUUGCCACCGUCGCUACCUCGCUUGGUCGCCGUGGGUCUGGUUUGUUAGCCAUCACCAACGUGCCGCGCGCUGGCGCCCUCCGCCGCCGGCUUCUCCCACUGGCCCGCCGCCUUGCCGUCAUGGACCACCCCUCGCGCUCCCAGCUCCUCAAGGAGCAUGGUUUGGGUAGCGACGUGCCUAUGAAGAAGCUGGACCGACCCGUUUCCUCGUUUGCCCGGCUUCUGCGGCAUUCAGGUAAGUUCCACUUGCUGGAGUCGAUGAACGAAAUGGAGAGCAGCAAGAACGAGCCUGAUUAUCCGGAGAAGGCCUUGGGCGAUGAUGUAAUUGGGGAAACCAAGGGCGAUGGCACUGAGAAACUUGGCCAGUUAGUUGAGGAGCUUGGUGUUUGCAUGAUGGAACUUGGGAUUUUGGUUGCGCGAGCCUGUGACAUUGUUACGGGUGGAAAUCAGUUGGAGAAAAGCAUCGUGGAUUUCGGAACCGCAAAGGCGAGGCUCAUUCACUACCACUCUGAGUUGGAUAACAUUGUUAUCCAGGAGAGUAGCAGAAAGAGAAAAGGGUCAAAAAGCAAAAUCGCAGCAACAGAUUGUAAGUCAUGCUCUCAAAGGUCUGAAUCAUCACAAGGAUCCUGUAUCAGAUCAGAAGGUGGUACUACUACUAUGUCAGGGAAACAAAAGGAUUCCAAAGAUAAAUCGAAUCAAGGUCAGGGUAGUGCAGUUUCUCUCACGAACUUAUGGCAAGAGUGGCACUAUGACUAUGGGGUCCUUACUGUUUUGACAGCACCAUUAUUCUUGUGCUCCACGUUAGGAGAAGGAGGUUCCAUUAGCGAAGAAUGUUCCCCCCCUGAUGGGCAUACAUACUUGCAGCUGUUCAACAGGAGGAGGAUAUUCUCGGUGAGAUGCUCUCCAGAGAGCUUCAUUGUUCAGGUUGGGGAGGCAGCAGACAUCUUGUCCGGUGGGAAUCUGAGGUCUACACUUCACUCUGUGACUAGACCAUUCGGCUCUACAAACAUCAGCCGGGAAACUUUUGUAGUGUUCUUGCAGCCAUCAUGGGACAAAAUUUUACCUUACACUGGUCACUGUUUUGCUGGUCAUGAUGAACCAAGUGAAGGCGAUGACUCAACAUUCAGUGAUGGGUCAGUCAUGUAUUCAAGUAAGCAUAAAUUGAUGCAAGAUAUUUUGAAAAAGAUCCCCCCUCUGUCAUCAAGGCUAAAAGAAGGGAUGACAUUUGCUGAAUUUUCUCGACAGACAACAAAACAGUAUUAUGGUGGUGGAGGCAUCCAACAAAAUAAUUAAAAGCAGUACUCUGGUACUGAAAUGCACCUGUUGGAGGCACAAACACUAACAGUAUGCAUUGUUUUGUUUUGUCAUAAUGAUGGGAAAUUUAGUAGUGAUCCAUGCAAAAUUAGUGACAUCAUGGUAAAUGCAGAAUUAUUGUCUGUUCCCCAUGAUGAAUGUUUUUCAAAUUUUCACAUCAGAGUCUGUGUUUCUGAUAUUAAAUAGAUGUCUGACAAAGUUAGUUAGCAUUAGGCCCUUAGCAUCAUUUCUAUUGAUUUUGUCUAACAUCAUUUUCUUUCAAUAAAUAGACAGAACAGUCUUUCCUCUCUGUCUUAUGCUUCUUAAGAUUAAAUGUGAUGCAUGCUUCAAUAUCUUCUGAAGGAACAAGUGGCUAAGAAGAUACGGAGUUAACAUAGCUGUAUCCUAUUUCAGUGAUGCUGGUUCUCUGUUGCUUGUUUAAUGUGUUGUCAUUCUUAGCUGGGGUUUCUGAUACUGACAAAAAAGAUCUCACAAUCAUUCUUUUCCAGCAGAGAGCUGACAGUUUUACAAUAUCUGUCCCGUUUUUCAGGACUCACUAAUUGCUACAAAAAUAGCAACAGAGAAUAUUGCAUUUCUUUUCUUUUUCUUGGAACAUUUUCAUUGUUUCCAUUAAGUGGUACCCGCAAUUUUUUCCACCGGUUAUUCCACUGAGAAGGCUACACAAUCUUCCUCCCACCUCACUAUCUCAGGUGGAACUCACUGGGCAAA